AUGGCAACCCGGCUCCCAACCCCAAGGGAAACGCUCACCUCCCUCAUAACCGCCAUAUCCCACAUCCCCGUCCCCCCCUCCUCCUCUCUCCCCCCAGCCACCACCACCAACCCGCUCUCCCUCAUCCCCGCCUCCGCCCGGCCCCUCCUCACGACCCUGCACGUCCUCUUCCCGACACACCUCCUCCCGGCGCUGGACCUGCUCGACAGGAGGCUCGUCACGCGCGUCGUCCUCGCCCCCCGGCCCCUCCCCGAUACCACCACCACCACCGGCACCACCACCACCACCGGUACCGGCGCGACAGCAGCAGCAGGAGGCGACAGCGGGUGCUUCUUCUACCUCGUCCGCUCCGCCGCCGCCGCAGCUACGACGGGCACGCACCACCACCACCACCACCGGAGGAAGGCGAAGAGGCACCAGGACGACUCCUACUCCACCGCAGGGGCCAUCCCCUCCGCCGCCGGCGCGGAGAGGACGGCGGCAAGGAGCUACGUCGUCCGCCUGCCGGCGUGGAACUGCACGUGCGCGGCCUUUGCUUUCUCGGCCUUCCCUGCCACUGCCACUGCCACUGCCACUACUACUAAAGCUCCGGUGCGUCAGCAUGACGGACGAGGAGGAUGUGAUGACGGCCCUCCAUCUGCCGGGGAUGGAGACCGGCAGCUGGAGCGGGACGACGACGAAGGCAGUGGCAGGUGGGAAUUCGGCGGUAUGAGCCUGGACGGCCUGCGGCAGGAAGAGGGAGGAGCAGGAGGAGGAGCAGGAGGAGGAGCAGGAGCAGGAGGCCCCGUGCCGUGCUGCAAGCACCUCCUCGCGUGCGUGCUGGCCGAGCGGUGGGACGGUGCGCUGGGGAGAUACGUCGCCGAGAGGAGGGUGGGCAGGGAGGAGAUGGCUGGUAUCGAGGCGGAUGUCUGA